UUCGGUAUGUUUUCAAUGAAAACAAACUUUUGGAUCACAUUUUCGAGAUAAUCCAUCAGUGAAUCAAAACCAUUGGUCCGAAACGUCAUGUCUUCAGCGAUGCUGUGUUUGAGAUCCGGUCUGAACGGCUCGUCUCUAACCAAAUACCUAUCGAUGGGAUGUCUGUCGCAGAGGUGUCUGUCGGCGGCGCCGGCGGGCCCUCCGAUGCCGGGCGGAACCAAAGCAUAUAAACGCGAUAAACCGCAUAUGAAUAUCGGCACCAUUGGUCACGUUGACCAUGGCAAGACCACUCUCACCUCCGCCAUCACCCGAGUGUUGGCCGAGAGAAAGUUGGCCAAAGUUAAGGAGUACGACGAGAUCGACAACGCGCCCGAAGAACGCAAGCGUGGCAUCACUAUCAACACCGCGCACGUGGAGUACCAGACGGAUGGCCGCCAUUACGCGCAUAUGGACUGUCCCGGACACGCCGACUACAUCAAGAACAUGAUCACUGGCGCCAACCAAAUGGAAGCGGCUAUUCUGGUGGUCGCCGCCACCGACGGAGCGAUGCCUCAGACCAGAGAGCACUUGACUCUCGCCAAACAGAUCGGAAUCAACGAUAUUGUGGUGUAUGUGAACAAAGUGGACGCCGCCGACAAAGAGAUGACCGAAUUGGUCGAAAUGGAGUUACGAGAGCUGUUGACAGAACUCGGCUACAAAGGAGAUGACGUGCCCUUUGUUUUUGGUUCGGCUUUGGCUGCGAUGGAAGGAAAACUGCCAGAAAUAGGUCGCGAAUCUAUUCUCACUCUAUUGGACACGAUUGACAAGCACUUCCAUCUUCCGGAACGAGACAUCGAUAAGCCGUUUAUAAUGCCUAUCGAACACGUCUAUGGCAUUCAAGGCAGAGGAACUGUAGUGACCGGACGUCUAGACAGGGGUCGCAUCAAAAAGGGCAUGGAAUGCGAAAUCUUAGGGUACGGAAGGGCUCACAAGACAAUCAUCACCGGUAUUGAGAUGUUUAAGAAGACGUUGGACGAGGCGCAGGCCGGCGACAACUUGGGGGCGCUUUUGCGGGGACUCAAGAGAGAACAGCUUCGGCGAGGUAUGGCUCUCGGAAAGCCCGGAACAUUCAAACCGUGCGAUCAGUUUGAGACACAGAUCUAUUUGCUGAAGAAAGAAGAGGGCGGUUCUCCCCGUCCUUUCCUCAACACACAACGCGGUCUCCUGUACUGUAAGACAUGGGACUGUGUCGGCGAACUCGUGGCCAAUGGCAAG